AUUCCGAUUUUGUCGAGCGACGUGUGCGGAACUGAACGAACGGCGGCUCGGCGAAUUCGCAUUUCCCUCGCACGCUUUUUUCGCAUUCGUAUUUGUUUUCUUCGAAUCGGAAUUCGAACCAGAACCAGAAACACCAAGCGCGCGCUGUGUUUAUUGCGUACAAAAACAACAAAUUAGCGUUCCAUUGCGCGCCACCGUUGAUCUGUGAUUUUUUUUUUUUUUCUGUUUUUGUGUUAUUUUGCGUUGUUUUAAGUUUUUGUGUUUCCGCGUGAUCCUGUCCAGUUUGUUGUAACUUUUGGGGCGGGGACGCACUGCUUGCUGGCUGUGCCACAACUGCUUUCAUUCCGGGGCGCCAUGGCCCAGUGCUGUGAAACGUCGCCGCGCUACGGCAUAUCCUCGAACCCGACUCCCAGCCGAAAUUCCAACCAGGAUCCGCCGGAUGCUCCGUCUGCCACCGCCGCCGUGCUGUUGUCAGCAACAGCAACCCCAGGAGCAGCUGCUCAUCUUCAGCAAGGAGAUCCUUCUUCUGGUAGCAGCAACAAUAACAAUACUAGCACCAAAAAUAAGAAUCAAAAUCCGAACCAGAAACAGGACGACAGCAGCGGCAGCAGUAACAACGCCGACAAUUAUAACAAGGACGACGAGGAUCAAGUAGGAACAUUGCCAUUGCCAUUCAUACUUAGCAAGAAGACGCCCGCCGCCCUCUUCCUAUCCCGUCCAUCCUCCUCGUACACGGACCUCUGCACCUGCUGCAACAGCAGCAGCAGCAAUUCCUCCGCCUCCUCCACAACCUCCUCAUCCUCCUCGGCAGGCGCAUCCGCCGUUGCCAGGCAGCUAGCCCGCUCCGUGACCGCCACCAGCAUCAUGGAUAUGCCCUACAACACGUCGCCGUCGCUACGCGUGCGCACCACCUCGUUGAAUCAACUGAAGAAGACCGCCGAUCUGGCCAUCGAGAAUGAGCUGCAUGUCUGCCCCUCGGUGAUGUCCGAGGAGCUGCGCAAGCUGCUGCCUCCCACCUCGGAAACGGUGAUGACCAAGCCAUUUCCCAUUCGCGGCGAACGCACCAUCGCCGACUGUACAACGCCGCAUGUGAUUGCCAUGGUUGGGCUGCCGGCUCGCGGCAAGACCUUCAUCUCGAAGAAGCUGGCCCGUUACCUUAACUGGAUUGGGAUUGCGACGCGUGUCUUCAAUCUAGGCGAGUAUAGGCGGCAUGCGACCACCGCGUACAAGUCGCACGAGUUCUUUCGCGCCGACAACGAGGAGGCCAUGGCCAUUCGCAACAGGUGCGCCAAUCAGGCUCUACACGACUCCUGCGAGUGGCUGCUUAGCGGCCAGGGCAGCAUUGCUGUCUUCGAUGCCACCAACUCGACGCGCGAUCGCCGUCAGUUGAUCCAUGAUAUCGUGGUGAAGCAGCACGGCUUUAGGCUGUUCUUCGUGGAAUCCAUUUGCGAUGAUCCGAUGAUUAUUGAGCAGAAUAUCCUGGAGGUGAAGGUCAGUUCGCCUGAUUAUCUUAACAUGAACACGGAGCUGGUGGUACGCGACUUUCUGCAGCGCAUCGAGCAUUAUGAGGAGCGUUACCAGCCCAUUGAUGAGGUCACCGAGGCCCAUCUUAGCUUCAUGAAGGUCUACAAUGCCGGCAAGAAGGUGGUUGUCUACAACAACGAGGGUCACGUGGAGUCCCGUAUCGUCUACUACCUGAUGAACAUCCAUAUCACUCCGCGCACCAUCUACCUGACGCGGCAUGGCGAGAGCGAGCAUAACCUGAGCGGGCUCAUUGGCGGCGAUUCGAACCUGAGCGCCCGUGGUCAUCAAUACGCCAAUGCCUUGUCCACGUUCAUUGCCCAGCAACAGAUUGAUGGACUGCGGGUGUGGACAUCGUGGAUGAAGCGCGCCAUCCAGACGGUGGCCGAUGUGAAGGCGCCGCAGGAGCGCUGGAAGGCCCUCAAUGAGAUCGAUGCCGGCCACUGUGAGGAGAUGACCUACGAGCAGAUUAAGGAGCGCUUCCCCGAGGAGUUUAAGGCGCGCGACGUCAACAAGUUUGCCUAUCGCUAUCCGCGUGGCGAAAGUUACGAGGAUCUGGUGGCCCGCCUGGAGCCGGUCAUCAUGGAGCUAGAGCGACAGGGCAACGUUCUGGUCGUCUCCCACCAAGCGGUCCUGCGCUGUCUCUUUGCCUACUUUCUGGACAAGUCCGCGGAUGAGCUGCCGUACCUGUACGUGCCGCUGCACACGGUCAUCAAGCUGACGCCCGUGGCCUAUGGCUGCAAGGUGGAGCACAUUAAGCUGCCCAUUGAUGCUGUGGAUACGCACCGACCGAAACCCAAGAUACCCGGCGAUGUGAGUGAGCCAGGACUGGACGGACUUAGCGGCGAGCUGGUGGCGCCCGAUGGCGUCGGCAAGGUGCUCAUUGUGGGCGACGAUGUGGCGACGGCCACGAACGGCAAUGGCGGGCGCGUCGACGCCCAGGCGCAUCAAUGACGGCGUCGCCGGCCUCCCCAGUACCCGACCCCGAAAUCCAAGACACUUUAAGCAUGUGGAACCAACUUCUCCUCCUCCGUACCCGCACACAGAUCCCCCACGAAAUCUACUUCCCCCGACCCAUCGCAUCCAGACAUUCUCGCAUCCCGAUUGAAGCGGACUUGGAAGCGCUGCUGCUGGGCAACUCCUGCUCCCGCCAUCGCCUCACUACUUAACUUAACUUAAUAAUAUUGGUUCGAACUCCAGUCGAGGGCUCUCUUUAUUUAAGUUUCGGGCUGAGACACGAAAUUGUGAUUGAUCUAUUGAGCUGUUUUAUUAUGUACUUUUACGAAAAAGAAAAAAACAAAAACAAAAAGAAAAAAACGAAAACAUUUUUUAACAUUUACUAGGAGGACAUGGUCUGAAUCGAAUCAGGAGAUGCCGAACUGUAUACUUAAAUUUACAAAGCAUAUAUUGUAUGUGUGUUGUUUACACUUGCCAGGAAGCAAGCUAUGUAGCUUAACUAUGUUGGAUGUGAUGAUAAUGGUGACGAUGAUGAUGAAUUAUACUUAAUCUUUUACCCGUAGCCCUAGCUAUGUAUUUACCCCCAAAAAUGUACCGUGCACUGUACGAAUAUACAUAUAUAUAUCAUGCUAUCCACUGUACAUCCAAAUGUGUCUUUUUUUUUUUUUAUUAUCUUUGCAUCUCUCGUUGUCUAUAUAUAUAUAUUUGAAUACCAGUUUUGCGCAAUUUUUGUUUCCAAACGAGAGGAUAAACUCACGAAUUCCAUUUGCCAACUCGGUGUACGCUACGUAUAACUAUAUCAUCUGCCCGAUGCACUAUAUAGUGUAUAGCCAUAGCCUCUGUCUGUACGUAAAUGUAUAUGUGCAACAAAUAUUGUAAUGACAUACAAGAUACUUAUAAAAUAAUCAAGAAUAAAAUAAAAAACGAUUUAUCAACCACA